UCUCGAUUUCUGGGCCAAGGCAACGUCAGCGUCGCUCGAGUCGGCGUCCCGCGUCCCCCACGGAUCCAUUUCGGCGGUGCAUCCAGUUCCGGGCCCAGAUCAGAUCUGCGGUCUGCCGUGCCUGCCUGCCACACACUGACACACCACACCACACGCAAGAGAAACCGAGCUCAGUCGACCGUUGCUCGCAGAAGCCGUUGCGCCGGCAGGCCGCUUCAAAUUUCGAACACCUCGUCGGCCAGGGCCACCGUAUAACACCGAUCCCAACCCGAGAAACCCCACCAGCCAGCCAGCCAACCAGCCGACAGCCGACGAGCACGAGCCCAUGGACGAGACGAGGGAGAUGGAUCCGGGUGCGGGGGUGCCCAGGAGGGCGGCCACCGCCAGCGGGACGCCCACCGCGUCGCGCGGCUCCAGCACGGCCUCCUCGUGCUCCUCCAACUCCAACCCGUCCGCCCGCGCCUCCGCGUCCACGUCCACGGGGACGCCGCCGUCCGCCGUCGUGCUACCGUGGGCGGCGCGCGCGGCCGCGGGGGACAGCUGCUACUACCCUGGGUGCCGCAAGGACGCCAACUGCUCGUGCGAGAUGUGCCUCGCGAGCAUCGACGCCACGCGGGACCUGGUGCGCGCGCCCGAGGCGCGCAGGUUCUUCGGGGGCGCCAGGGACCGGAGGCUCUUCUUCCGUGACCGCGCCGCGGGGGCGGGGUCGGGGUCGGGUGAGGGGUCCGACGCCACCGAGCCGCCGUGGACGCCGCCGAUGCGGUCCACGGCCAAGUCCAGGCGGGCGCCAGGGCGGGAGGCGGCCGGGGGCCCCGAGGCGAGGGCCGGCGUUCGGUCGCACGACUGGCUGCUGUACGCCGCCACUGUUAUUGGGUUCCUGCUCCUCAUGUGGGUCGACACGGGGCUCGUCCCGGAGGCCGCGGCCAGGGGGUUUGGGCCCAAGCUAUCGCCGGAAGCCGUGGCGCGGGUGGGGGCCGAUGCGCGCCUCGCGCCUGGCGGCCUGGAACAUAAGCUGCACGUCAUGGAGCGCAGGGUCCGCCAGCUUGUUGGCGGUGAGGGGAUCGCCAAUUGCAGCUCGCGAGACUCCGUCUGGCGAUUCCACCAGAAUGAUCAGCAGGUGUUCCACUGGCGCUGCACGGUGUACAAAUCCGUGGCGGAGGAGGUCAGCGUCUGGGGGAGCCCACUCCGCACCUCCGGUCUCCUCCCAAGAGCACUCUCGGCGCGGCACCUCACCCUCCUCUCCGGCGAGAUCACCGAGCGUGUGUCUCUUUUGCGUGCAGUGGUCCGACGGAAAGGUGUGGCCGACGGUGCGGGCGAGCAACGGGAGCUCCUGGGCCCACCGGAGGCAGAGCGCGGCGGCGGUGCGGCUGGAACCGGAGACGUGGGUAGUCGAGUACCAGAGGAGCGCGCUUUUCGAGGGCACACGGCUGCUACCGGCCGCCGCGGAGCUGAUCGCGUCCAGGUGCUCGACGAUGGCGCGGCGAGCGCGGCGCAGGAUGCAGGGUAGGCGGCGACUUUUCGGUGGUGCACAGGCGAAUCCAACCUGAAUCGGGCUCGCCGGAGGUCAAAUUGCUCUCUUGCCGAAGAACAAAAUGCUCUCUAGGAUGGCUUAUAUCUAGCUCUAGUAGUAGUAGAUUCAUCUCAUUUCGUGUGAGAUUCAUCAUGACUUCUGUGUUCUUUUGCAUGGUCUAUAAGUGUAGGCCGACGCUGGAACCAUUUUAAUCUUGUUAUUAUGAUCACAAACAAAAUCUUGCGACUAUCA